CAACCACGUAUAUAAAACUUAUUGUUCCAAAUAUUAUUCACAACACACAUUCGUUGUUCAGGCACAACAUAAAAAUAAUUAAAAUUAAAAAAAAAAAUGUCGUUGAAACUAAAAUUAGUUUUGUUUGUUGUUGCAGUCUGCACUUUUACGGCUCCAGUCUCGGCAUCCAGCGUGCAACUGCCAGCCGUAUAUCCCCUUGUAAAUGUCCUACUGCCACUCCUCAACAACGUGUACAACCUACUUCUAUCUCUUUUAUCAAUCUUCGACACACUACCGCCAUCUAUAACCUGUAUGAUACCCGUCGACCUGGGCGCAUUGGAGACUUCCCUCCUCAAACUGUACUCUCAAGCGUUAGCUAUAGUUAAUUUCCUAAGAUCCCUGCCAGAAUAUGCCAUCGGGGCGAACCCGUCGUCUCCACCAGCCAAUAUCUUGAACCUUCAAGGUUUACUGACUACCCUGAUCACGACAGUGACCGACCUGACUGAUGACAUACUGAUAGGUAUUGGUGGAGGUCUGCUCCCUGGAUUAUUGCAGCUGGUGGUGUGCGUCGUGCAAGCUCUUGCUGCCUUACUUCUGUAGAUUUAGACUUAUUGUUGAAUAUUUAAUAUAUGUUUAAAAAGUU